UUAUGUGCCGAUCGGCGCAGAUCCAGCCGGCAAGAAGAUGAUGAUUUCACCGCGAAGGGGCGGCUCGGAUCGCGUACCGGACUCGGUGGUGGUCCUGGCGAUCUUCGUGGUCGCCGCGUCCCUCGGUUCCGCUCUCGCCAAGGAUACCGCCUUCGUGGAAGUGGUCCUGUUCGAGUCCAGUCCCAAUGGGGAUUAUACGACUUACACGACUGGCUUGCAGGGACGCUUCUCCAAGGCAGGAGCCACGAUCAGCGCGGAGGGGGAGAUCGUUCAAAUGCAUCCUCUGGGACUAUGCAAUAACAAUGACGAGGAGGACCUUUACGAGUACGGCUGGGUCGGAGUGGUGAAGCUGGAGCAACCAGAGCUGGACCCCAGUUGUCUCACCGUGCUGGGAAAGGCAAAGAGAGCAGUGCAGCGGGGUGCCACAGCCGUCAUCUUUGACGUGUCGGAGAAUCCGGAUGCCAUCGACCAGCUCAACCAGGUCGCCGAGGAUCCCCUGAAGCGGCCGGUGGUUUACGUGAAGGGCAACGACGCCGUCAAGCUGAUGAACAUCGUCAACAAGCAGAAAGUGGCUCGCGCUCGCAUCCAACACCGACCUCCGAGGCAGCCCACGGAAUAUUUCGACAUGGGCAUCUUCCUGGCGUUCUUCGUGGUGGUGUCGCUGGUCUGCCUCAUUCUGCUCGUCAAGAUCAAACUCAAGCAGAGGAGAAGCCAGAGCUCGAUGAACAGAAUGGCCAUCCAAGCCUUGGAGAAGAUGGAGACGAGGAAGUUCAAGGCCAAGGGAAAGGGCCAGCGCGAGAGCAGCUGCGGAGUCUCUGAUUCGCUGAGCAGCAGCUCCACCUCGGACUGCGCCAUCUGUCUGGAAAAGUACAUUGACGGGGAGGAGCUGCGCGUCAUCCCCUGCGCUCACAGAUUUCAUAAGAAAUGCGUGGACCCCUGGCUGCUGCAGCAUCACACCUGUCCCCACUGUCGGCACAACAUCAUCGAGCAAAAGAAGGGGAACCCGGGACCGGCGUGCAUGGACCCUGGCAACCCGGCGCACGGCCGGCAGCGGGUGGUGCUGCCGGUCCAUUACCCCGGCCGGGUGCACCGCGCCGGCCAGGUGACCGCCUAUCCGACCAGGACCAGCAUGGACCCCCACGGCAACCCCAUCACCAUGCUCACCGUGGACCAGCACGCGGAUCCACAGGGCCUGUACCCGCCCCAAUCGGCGUCUGCCUUUCUCCGGAGCUACCACCCGGCCCUCCACCUGGACCACUCGCUCAACCCCCACCACUGCGGCCUGGAGCACCGCGGACCCCCCGCCUACCCGGCGCAGCCCCACCACACGGCUUUUAAGAGGCCCAAGUUCCAGGGCCGCAACUUUUCCCGCGCCGCCUGCUUCUCGCAGUACGAGACAAUGUACCAGCACUACUACUUUCAGGGGUUGACUUUCCCUCAGCCGCCUGACGGUGGUGGCCAAGGGCCCGCCGGGGCCGGGCAGCUCGGUGGAGGGGCCCACAAGGGCCACCACAGCAGGGCCUUUCAGCAGGGCCUGCUGUACCCCACCGUGGUACACAUGGCUCCCGCCUCUUCUUCAAGGAACGGCGACAACGGCAGCACUUCUGGCCUGAGCUGUUACCACGGCCACCGCUCGGUGUGCAGCGGUUACCUCGCCGACUGCCCCGGCAGCGACAGCAGCAGCAGCAGCUCGGGCCAGUGCCACUGCUCCUCCAGCGACUCCAUGUUGGACUGUACUGAGGUCAGCAACCAGGGGGUGUACGGUAGCUGCUCCACCUUCCGCAGCUCGCUGAGCAGCGACUACGACCCGUACGUCUACCGGAGUAAGAGCCCGUGUCGGGGCUCCGUUGGGGAGGCGGGGGCGGCGGCGGCGGCGGCUUGCACCACAGUUGCCGCCGAGGAAUCGUCGUCGUCCCCGGGCCCCUCGGGACACGGCUGCCUCCAGCUCCCUCCCAGGGCUCCGGGGUACAACUCGGGGGACCACCUCUCCAACUGCAGUUUGGAGCCCAGCUACAGCAGUCGCUCAUCACUGGAACCCAGGGAGACCAGCAACACUAGCACUACCUCAGCCGCGGCGCCGGAGGCUGCCGGAGCAGACCGGGGGAAAGGGGCCCUGGAGGAGUCGGGGGAGCUUGGGGGGGCCGCGGCCUGCAGGUGCUGCUUUGAGGUGCUCCCUCCCAAUGUGGAGUGCAAAGGGCAGGACUCGGACCAAGUGGGGCCAAUGGCCACGGGGCGCUUCCACAGGGGGGUUGACUUUCAGAGCUCCGCCCCCAAGAACUACUUUGCCCCCGAGCACAUGCGCCCUUCCUCGGAGCAGGUGAGCUACGAAGGGCUGCCCUGCUGCUUCUACAAAGAGAUGAAGGUGCACCGGGCCGCCGCGGGCCGCUACGCCGAGGACUACGCCGUCAACGUGCAGUACGCUCACGCGGACUCGGAGGCCUGCUCCGUGCAGGGCUGCUGCGAACUCAACCAGAGGAUACCCAUAAUUCCCGAGGACACGGACUGUGAACUGGGCACGGGGGCGGAGACCCAGAGCGGUCUGUUGCCCGUCGGUGUGGCGGCGGAGGCCGACGUGCGGACAGGGGAGCGACACGAGCUAAGGGAGGGUUACUUCCCCUCGGGGCCGUCGAGAGGUCAGGCGCACCCUCGAGAGGAAGAGGCCAGGGCUUUGUUUCAGCCGCCGCUCUCCGCGAGCCCCGCUGCGUUGGGAUGCAGCACUUCGACGAACGAGGGGGGUCCGGGUAUAUGAACUUGAGCCCGGUAGAGAUGGGACUCAGUCAAAAAGUAUAUAUUUGGUACCGAAUCAGUCAUUGAAACCCUCAGCUGCCUUGUUCUAACCUUGCUCUCCGAGCGCCGAAUGUCAUCAUCUUCGAUUGUGUGGAUUUCUACUGAGAUGGCCUGUCGUCGUUUUUUCUUUCUUUCUCGACAAGCGUAUCAAGUUCAUUCCUGUGGGCCCGCGAAUGUCUUCGGGCACCAAAACCGCGUUGCCGUGGCGCUGAGCGAUACCGCACACGUGGAUGGAGGUUGUCAACUGAACCUUUUUAGUAGGUCGGGACGGUCCCCCCCCCCACCUCCCCCCCCUGUCAGCGCUACACAAUGCGGGGCCCAUUUUCUUUUCUUUUUUUUUUUAGAGUUUAUCAAGAAAAAAACAAAAGUUAUCUAGACUCCCGUCUUUUUUUUGUUUUUUACCCAAGAAAAAUAAAUACACUCUUUAAUUCACAAACAUCUACAUGUAUAAUGUGCACACAUGAACACUGACUGCCUAUAAAGCUUCAACCACCAACUCAAAUAGGUUGUACGGACUUAGCUAAACCAAAACAGAAAGACAUGAUUGCUCUUUUUUUGGGCGUUUUAACUUUAUUUUUAUUUUUUCAAAAGCAGGGAAAUGGGUCUUUCUAAAGGUGUCUGUGACCCACACAUUUCUCUGAAGA